UUCAAGAUUUUUUCCUAACAAGCAAAAAAAAAACAAAACUUGUAAACACAACCAAUAAUCUAUCUUUGUAAACUGGAAAAUUAUGGCUAUUGAAGGUAACCGGAGGCACACUUUCGCCGCUUAUUUGAAAUCGGAAACCCUCGCCGCCGUCGACGAAACUUACCACUCAGACGGCGAUCACAACCGCGGCGUUGACAAAAACGCGUUUAGCGAUUCUCAGCGACGUCCAAGCAACGCAUCGACCACUAGCAGCGAUUCUCAGUGUCGUCCAAGCAACGCAUCGACUCCUAGUAGCGACUCAUCGUCCCCAAACUACCCACUUUCUCCAUGGAACCAAACUUACUAUCCACACAACGACAAUACGACGCCGUUUUCUUCGUCUACUUCUCAGUCCCCGUGGAACCAAUCUUGCUCUCCUUACCACAAAUCCCCUUGGAUUUACCAAACCAGGAACAGCGAUUUCGAAGACGAUCCUGAUAACGGUUUAAUCGGUACGGUCGUUAGACAAGAAGGACACGUGUACUCUCUUGCCGCUUCCGGUGAUCUUCUCUUCACGGGAUCCGAUUCCAAGAACGUUCGGGUCUGGAAAGAUCUGAAAGAUUUCUCCGGGUUUAAAUCCACUAGCGGGUUUGUUAAAGCCAUUGUGGUAACCGGAGAUAACCGGGUUUUCACCGGUCAUCAAGACGGUAAAAUCCGGGUUUGGAGAGGAUCAAAGAGAAACCCAGAGAAAUACUCACGAGUCGGAAGCUUACCGACUCUGAAAGAAUUUCUCACCAAAUCGGUAAACCCGAGAAACUACGUCGAAAUUCGCCGCCGGAAAAACGUCCUCAAGAUCCGACAUUUCGACGCCGUGUCGUGUCUGACCGUAAACGAAGAUCUCGGUUUGCUAUACUCCGGUUCGUGGGACAAGACGCUAAAAGUCUGGAGAUUAUCAGAUUCGAAAUGUCUAGAAUCGAUCGAGGCUCACGACGACGCGGUCAACACGGUGGUCGCCGGAUUCGACGAUUUGUUAUUCACCGGAUCAGCCGACGGAACUUUGAAAGUGUGGAAACGAGAGCUUCAAGGGAGAGAGACGAAGCAUGGUUUGGUACAGGUUUUGAUGAAACAAGAAAACGCCGUUACGGCGUUAGCAGUUAAUUUAACGGACGCUGUGGUUUACUGUGGAUCUUCUGACGGUUCCGUUAAUUUCUGGGAACGGAAGAAAUAUUUGACUCACGGCGGGACGCUUCACGGCCACAAAACGGCGGUGUUGUGUCUAGCCUCCGCCGGGAGCUUGUUGUUGAGCGGAGGAGCGGAUAAGAAUAUCUGCGUUUGGAGGAGAAACGUCGACGAAACGCACACGUGUCUCUCUGUUUUGAUGGAUCAUGACGGACCUGUUAAGUGUUUAACGGCGGUGGAAGAAGCGGAGGUUGAUAUCGACGGUGAAAGUAACGGAGACGGCGGAGAGAAAGGGGAUCGACGGUGGAUAGUGUACAGUGGGAGUUUGGACAAAUCGGUGAAAGUGUGGCGCGUGACGGAUUACGCGUCUUAAGAAUUAUUGACUGCGUUAGUCAACGGCGCGUGAUUGCAUAAGCGCGUGAUGAAAUGUUUUACGCGGCCCGGCCCGGCCCAUGUGAUUGUUGUUCUGGGGAAAUUUAUUGGGAGGCAGAUUAUGGUACAAGUGAUUAACCAAUCAUAAACUGCCAUGUCAUGUGAUUUUGUCUUCUUCUUGUGAAGUUUGAUAAAAAGUCGUGUGCCCUUUUGUUGGUUAGAUCUUUUCUCUGUGAUUAGCACAUACUUUAAUCAUGUGUAGCCAGAAGAAGAAAGAAGGUGGAGAAAAGAUAGGAAAAGAAAGAUUCUGCUACAAUGAGAAAAUAGAUAAAGAAAUCUUUUAAAUUGUAAACAAUGUAACUUGUUUGUAUAAUAAUAUAUUGGGUUAUGUUUGAUAUGGUUGUUGUCAUUGUUGAAUA